AUGAGUAUAAAAAGCAAAAUUGAUAUGAGUUUAGAUGAACUCAUAGAGAAGGAAAAUAUUAAAGUUAAUCAGAAAGCCCCAAAUGAGAAAAAAAUUGUUAAUAAAUUUAUAGAAAAAAAUUCAGGUCAAAAGUAUUUGCAUAGUAUAAUUAUUUCAAAUGUUAACAGCAAUAAUCUAGAAUUGUAUAAAAAAGAGUUUAGUAAAUUUGGAAGAAUAUAUAAUAUUUUUCAUGAUAAUGACAAGAAAAUUACAUAUGUAAAAUAUGAUAAUAAAAAUUCGUGUGAUAAUGCUAUAAGUACUAUGAACAACAAAACUUUGGAUGGCGAUACGAUAAGCAUUAUACUGGGGAAAAAAAUUCUGGACAAAAAAAACAAUAAGAGUAUUAAUCAAAAUUAUAACAUGAUUAACAAUAAUAUGAAUAAUAGUAAAAUAAUUCCAUCUUAUAAAAUGCCCAUGUAUAAUCCAAGCCCCCCUCCAUAUUAUAUGAACAAUAAUUUUACUCCUUAUAACAAUAAUAUGCCUUACCCUAAUACUUACCAAAACAAUUUUUACGAAAAACAUAUGCCCCCCUUUAAUAAUAAUAAGAAUAUAUAUGACACGCAUAAAAAUAAUACAAUAAUUGUGACAAACGUUCCGACAUACUUGAAUGCUGAAGAUAUUUUCUCGGCUUUUCAAGAAACGGGAAAAAUUGUCGAUGUGCAGAUACUCAUGAAUGAAAAAAGAAAAUUAACUGGAAUUGUGAGUAUCGAGUAUGAAAAAAAUGAAUCAGCUUCAGAUGCAGUACGAAUGUAUGAUGGUGGUUUCUUGAAUGACAAUAGAAUUAGGGUUUUUUUAGACUGUCGUUAG